AAUUCUUGCGGUGAAAAGCUUUGGUUCUUUUAGUGAUUUUUUUUAGAGUUCUAAUUUACCGACAGCAUUAGUGUCAAAGAAAAUUUGCCUGAGAUCGGAUUUUUCUAUUUUGUAUAAAUUGUAUAACAGCUUUACAGUGAGAAAAUGUGAAUUAAUUGCAAUGUACUGAUGUAAUAUGACGUCAUAGCUGCAAGACAAGUAUCAUAAUGGUGCCACUUUAGUAUUUUCACAAGAGAGUAAGAUCGACACCAAAAAUGGCCGCAACAAAUUGGGACAAAUUUCGUCUCCUGAUGUGGAAAAACUGGCUGUUGCAGUAUCGUCACAAAACACAAACAAUUGUGCAACUAUUAGUUCCUGUACUUUUUAGCGCAUUAUUAGUUCUAAUUCGCGGACUGGUGGAUCCAGUGGUGCAUGCAGAGCCGUUCCACUUUCCACAAUUAAAUAUAAGUUUAGAUUCAUUGAGAGGUGGAGUUGAGCCAAGUGGACUAGGCCUACAUUAUAGACUAUUAGUGAAAGCUCCGAUAGGAAACACUACAUUUCAACCAAAUCUUAACUGGAGAAUAGUAUACACACCCAACGUACCGAUUUUGGAUGAACUUCUUAGAGGAGCAUCCAAUGUAUUACAAUUACAGACUGCGGUGGGUGUAAAUAGUUCCAAAGAGCUGAGCAAAACUUUAGUACAACAAAAUUUAUUCGUCGGACUUGAAUUUCAUAAUCCGGAGCUUCUAUCAUCUCCUGCAACACUGCCGAAGCAACUGGAAUAUUCAAUACGUUUUCCCAGUGAACUUAGAACGUCUGUUUAUGACAAUCCGAUACUUUACAACUGGCGAACCAAUCUACUAUUUCCGCGAUUUCAAAUACUCGGCCCUCGCAAUCCCAACGAUACCGAUGACGGCAUACCAUCUGGUUAUAUUCGUGAAGGAUUUUUGGCUGUUCAAAAUGCCAUUGCAAGUCAGUUCUUGUUCUUGAAAUCGAAUGGAACGAAUAAGAUGCCGGAAAUAAUGAUGCAACGAUAUCCAUACCCUGAAUAUAUCGAAGAUAUUCUUCUGACCGGGUUGGAAACAUUGGUCUCUUUAAUAAUUAUGAUCAGUUUAGUUUACUCCUGCACCACAACCGUAAAAUUUAUUGCGAUCGAAAAGGAAAAGCAACUGAAAGAAGCCAUGAAAAUUAUGGGCCUCGCUAAUUGGCUUCAUUGGUUGAGCUGGUUCGUGCGAUCCAUGAUUUUAUUGGGGACAUCAAUAUCCUUUAUCGUUAUGCUCUUUAAGGUUCCAUGGUAUAAAGACAGUGACGUGGCAAUUUUUACUUAUAGCAAUUGGACGUGUUUGUGGGUGUUCCUGUUCACCUACAGCAUUGCAACAACGACAUUUUGUUUCAUGUUAAGUGUCUUUUUCUCAAAAGCGAAUACCGCCAGUGCGGUCAGUGGCCUGAUAUGGUUUCUCUCCUAUUCCGUUUAUUCUUUCACGUACGCUAGCUACGAUCAAUUAUUAUUGUACCAGAAACUGUUGAUGUCUUUGUUUUCAAACACUGCUAUGGCCUUCGGUUUCCAGCUGAUCAUACGAUUGGAAGGAAGCAGCGAAGGAUUACAAUGGAACAAUUUCUUCAGAUCUGUAUCGGUUGAUGACAAUCUAUCGCUCGGUCUGCUUGUGGUUACGCUACUGAUUGCCGCCCUUCUGUAUCUGAUGAUAGCGUUGUAUGUGGAGAAGAUUUUUCCUGGCGAAUACGGUGUUCCGUUGCCAUGGUACUUUCCGUUCACGCGAGUAUUUUGGUGCGGUCAGUCGGAAUACGUUCGAAUCAAUGACUCGCCGAAAAUGCACGGCAAUUUGAAUUUCAUCGAAGACGAUCCGAUCGGUCGAAAUUCUGGGAUUCGCAUAAGUAACCUACGGAAAGUCUAUUCAAACAACCGUGUGGCUGUUAAUGGACUCACACUAAAUAUGUUUGAUGACGACAUCACCGUGUUGCUUGGCCAUAACGGAGCUGGCAAAACGACGACAAUGUCCUUACUUUCGGGAAUGUUUCCACCGUCAAGUGGUACCGCAUUGAUUAACGGAAAAGACAUUCGACAUGACAUCAGUGGGGUACGCAGUUCCUUAGGACUGUGUCCGCAGCACAACAUUUUGUUUGAUGAGCUGACUGUAAGGGAGCACAUUGUGUUCUUUAGCAGAUUAAAAGGACUGAAUAAGGAUGCCGUGGAACGUGAGGUGGAAAAAUAUCUCAAGCUCAUCGAUCUGGAACCAAAACGGAAUGCAAAAUCGAAGACAUUGUCCGGUGGGAUGAAACGGAAGCUGGCAGUCUGUGUCGCUUUUUGUGGUGGAUCAAAAGUUGUUCUUCUGGAUGAACCCACUUCCGGAAUGGACCCGCAAGCUCGGCGAGCUUUGUGGGAUGUUUUAAAAGCUCAGAAAAAAGGCAGAACGGUUUUGCUGUCUACACAUUUCAUGGACGAAGCCGACAUUCUGGGUGAUCGAAUAGCUAUUAUGGCGAAUGGAAAUUUGAAGUGCGUCGGAUCAUCAUUCUUUCUGAAGAAGCAAUUCGGUUGCGGAUAUCAUUUGGUGUGCGUGAAGAAGCCAAACUGUGACACAGAGAAGAUAACGUCUCUGCUGAAACUCUAUAUGCCCGAUGUGAAAGUGGAAUGUGACGUGGGUACGGAACUGUCCUAUCAAUUGUCCGACAAGUGUUCGCACAUGUUCAGCAAAAUAUUCAGUGAAUUGGAAAUCCGAUCGAACGAAUUGGGCGUGGACAGCUAUGGUGUUUCGUUGACGACGUUAGAGGAGGUGUUCAUGAAAGUGGGUACAGAUACUAUAAAGCUAGACGAUGAACCGCCUCAAAUGAAUGGAACUCUGGCGAAUAAACCGGACAGUGAAUUUGGUUCCGAGACAACAUUAAACUAUGCUACCGACAUUUCACUUCUCAGCGGGGUGCCAUUGAUUAUAAACCAAGUCCGAGCUCUUUUCAUGAAGAAAAUCUUACAAACAGCGAGAAAUUGGCUACUGAUGUUGAUACAAAUCUGCAUUCCAGUGCUGUUCAUUACAAUUACCGUACUGUCAGAACGGUCAAGAGCCUGGUACUACGAACUGCCACCGCUGAAAGUGUGCAUCCAACGGUACUUGGAAAGUGUUACCGUUCUUGAGGUUGAUCCGAAUGCUAAUCAAGAUUCGUUGAUUGCAAAGUACUCAGCCGAAUAUCAAAAUCAAAUGCAAACCGAUCAAAUCCAUGAAUUCGAAAAAAUAAGCGAGAACUUCGAGGCGUACAUUUUGCGUCUUGCCCGAUCGAUGUUAGUGCGUGUGAAUUCACGCUAUUUGGCUGGAGCCACGAUCAGAGAUCCUCUUCGAAUUGUUGCACAUUUCAACAAUCAACCGUAUCAUACGGCACCGCUUUCGUUGUCCUUGGUACAUAAUGCGGUGCUACGGAGUCAUUUAGGUGUCGACCAUUCGAUAACCGUUUUCAACAAACCGCUGAAUUAUUCGUCACAUUCAAGGAUGAAGCUAUUGCAACUGGGUGGUACGAUGGGUUUUCAAUUGGCUGUUAAUGUUGGCUUUGCCAUGGCUUUUGUGGCAUCAUUUUACGUCCUCUCAUAUAUUAAGGAGCGGACGGUCAAAUCCAAACUGUUGCAGUUUGUUAGUGGCGCAAAUGUUUUGACCUUCUGGGUAACGGCAUUCCUGUGGGACAUUUUCACAUUUAUCGUGACGAUUCUGUUUCUGGUCAUCACAUUCGCUGGAUUCCAAGAAGAAGGCUGGUCCACCGCAUUAGAACUGAGUCGAAUAUUUUUCAUUUUACUGAUAUUCGUCGUGGCCAUUUUGCCGGUAACAAUGUUUGCGUCCAGAUUUUUCAAAGAUCCGGCCGACGGAUAUUCGGUGCUGUCGAUGAUUUACAUAUUUACCGGAAUGGCGUGCUUUUUCAUUGUCUUCAUAAUGUCAUUGGAACAGUACGAUCUGCAGGACACGGCCAGGCUGCUGACAUGGAUCUUUAUGAUAUUCCCGCACUUUGCACUGAGCCACGGGCUGGGAAAUAUCAACAUGAUAACAUCGUUCAAUCAAAUCUGUGAUAUGCAAUGCAAAGUGAUACCGGGCUGUACCAAAGAGAUCAUGUGCGAAAUUCUACCGUUAUUCAACUCAUCUGCACCGUGUUGCGAUAAUGACUACUUCAAGUGGAACAACUUCGGCAUCGGCCGAAAUCUAUUAUUUAUGUCGUGCACCGGAAUCGCUUUCUUUAUCAUUCUCCUCGUGACCGAAUACAGUUUGGUAUCGUCGUCCAUCUACUCCAUUAAACGGUUCUUCACGUCAACGCUCAGCCGCGAUGUAUCAGAUGAACCGAUUGAUUUCGAUGUGGUUGAGGAGAAAAACAGAGUCACAUCCAUGUCCGAAACGAACAUUCGGAACCAUAAUCUGGUACUGAUGAAUGUGACCAAAUUGUAUGGAAAAUUUGUGGCUGUUCAUGAUAUGUCCAUUGCUGUUGAACACUCUGAGUGCUUUGGUUUACUGGGAGUCAAUGGUGCCGGCAAGACAACGACAUUCAAGAUGCUUACUGGAGAUGUUAAAAUAUCGAACGGAGAAGCAUGGGUGAGAGGAUUAAGCUUAAAAAAUGACAUGAACAAAGUGCAUCAGAUUAUCGGCUAUUGCCCGCAAUUCGACGCUCUAAUUGGUGAAAUGACUGGAAGAGAAACCCUUACCAUGUACUGUCUGCUGCGUGGCAUACCAAAUCGACGCAUAAGGUCGAUAGUAUUGAAUUUGGCUGCCGAUUUUAAUUUUAUCAAACACAUCGACAAAAGGGUGAAAAUGUACAGCGGUGGCAAUAAAAGGAAAUUAUCGACUGCCAUAGCUCUGGUCGGAAAUCCAGCCAUUGUUUAUUUAGACGAACCCACAACCGGCAUGGACCCAGGUGCCCGAAGACAGCUAUGGGACAUGAUAUGUAAGGUUCGAAAAAGUGGCAAAUCCAUUAUGCUGACAUCGCACAGCAUGGACGAAUGUGAAGCAUUGUGUACGCGUUUAGCAAUUAUGGUGAAUGGUGAAUUCAAGUGCCUUGGGUCAGUGCAGCAUCUGAAGAAUAAAUUCUCGAAAGGAUACACACUGUCGAUCAAAGUGAAAAAGAACAAUUUUUCGCGGCCACCUACCAGCGAAUCCGAUGGUUUGACCAACCGAUCUAUCGCUGAACCAAUAGAUAUAGCUGUAACGAUUGAGGAACUCAAAGAAUUUGUGGAAAGCAAUUUUCCGGGUGCAAAUUUACAGGAAGAAUAUUCCGGCCUGUUAACUUAUUUCAUACCAAAUUCGAAUGCAAAAUGGUCGGCCAUGUUUGGUCUGAUGGAAGAGGCAAAAUUAAAGUUUAACAUCGAAGAUUACUCAUUGAGUCAGACGACGUUGGAGCAAGUAUUUUUAUCGUUUGCAAAAUUGCAGCAUGAAGAGAAACGCGAACACAGGAACUGAUUUGUGCGUGUGCGUUCCAUGUUCGCUUUCAGGAACAGAAGAUAAUGAAAUUGUGUGAUAAUAUGGAGAAUUUAUUAUUGUUGUUAACUUAACUGUGCCGUGAUAAUUGAGUGCAUUAAAAUUGUUUAUCAAAUAAAAUUAUUGAAAUAGAUUCAA